AUGAGUGACCUUCAACAGACUGGUAACGCCGCACUGAAAUGUCUUGGGGUGGCCGAGUCGAAGCGCAGACCUCUGUGGCAGGACCUGAAGAUGGUCGGAUACCAACGCAGCCCACCUGACUUUGCCUGGAGGAAUGGACGACGACCCCAGUGGCGAGAUGCGGGCCUUUCCACGAUGAUUCUGCUUUUGAUUUCACUGAGCCUGUGGGCACCAGCCGUCACAUCUCUUGAUCAACACGACUGCCCUGACUUUUGGGAAGCCUUCAAUGGCACCUGUUACGCUUACUUUGACCAGCAGCUUCGUUAUUACGAUGCCAAGGAUGUUUGCCGUCGCGCUGGAGGAAACCUCGCUUCGGUGCACAGCGCUGAGGAGACUCAGUUUAUACUCAGCCUGAAUGGUGGCUAUGACGGGGUUUUCCCUUACGCGUGGCUGGGAGGCAGUGUAGGUGAUGAGGGCAAAUGGCGUUGGAUGGAUGGAUCCGAAUUUGACUUCCAAAAUUGGGCCGUUGAUCAACCAAGCCAGUGUUCUGAGACGUACAACAACCUGGCCAUCAACUACCGGGAUAAGAAGACCCCCGGCAGGUGGACCUGCUUGUACCGCAGAUUUAAACUUCCUUUUGUGUGCAAGAAGAGCAGCAAAGUGUAG